GUGUACAGUAUGAUGAUCCGUCUCAUCAUUCUCAACCCUCUCCAAUCCAUCCCGUGAUAUUUGGAUCAGAAACAUCACAGCCCUCUGGGGGGAAAAAGCUGCGCUGGAUGCUGGAAAACACCAGAAGCAUCAGCAGCAGCACACCGAGCCGAAGCAAGAUCCUGACGGAUUUCUGAGACAGCUCAAGCGCCAUGGAUGAACGCGACACGAUUUAACCUGCGCGUAAAAGAGCCUCAACAUCCCUCAAAACGGACGGAGUCGUGGAGCAUCGAGGGAAAACCCGUGCCAAUCGGGACCGAGACUUCAUGCCCAACAUGGAGAGGGGCAAACCAGCCACCUACACAGGCGACAAGAAGGCAAAGAUGGCUGCAAAGACCAACAAGAAGUGGGUAAGACUGGCCACCGUCUUCGCCUAUGUUUUAUCCGUGUCUCUAGCCGCGAUCAUCCUGGCCAUCUACUACAGCCUCAUAUGGUCUCCAAACAAGUCAGCUCCAAACACCCCCACCACCACCACCACCGCGAUCGGCAACGGGACGGAAAGCAACAGCACGCAGGCGACUCCGAUCCACAUCAACGCCACCGGCACCAACGCGUCUCCGGAGCAGACGGCCGCGUCCCUCUCCAAAAGCGCGCACUCCCAACCCGCGGAUCUCUACACAUACAUGCCCAGCGACAUCUCAGACAGCCAGACUGCAGCGAAAACACAGUCCUCCAGGAGAGAGCAGACUGGAGACGCGCAGCUGGAGACGCGCUGGAACGGGGACGACUCUAGACAAACUCACUCAAAUAAGCGGCACAGAAAGACCUAAGACCUAAGUUUGAGACUUGGAAACGUUGCUGCUCGUUGGAAACGUUCACAGGCCGAGACGAGGCUGUACACCGACGCAUAGCCUAUAUAGCAAAGGCUCUGAUAGUGUUUAACCCUUCAUAUAUAACCUGUUGUGUUUCGCCUUAAUACUCAGCAUCUCCUUGCAGUUGAUAUUUUGGGAGCGUAUCAUCCGAAGCGACUGUUAAUGCCUUGAUUCGAGGGGGUGAGGACAAGCUUUUAAAAUAACAACUCUAAAAGCUUGCAUGAAUUUCAACUAAACCUGUUAACCAAUUUAAUCAGGAUUCUUAUGUUAGAGGAACCUGUGUCGAUGCUCAGACACGAGUAUAAUAUUU